AUGCAGGGAUCACCUACAUGCCCUCAGCCCACAGGAUCCAGCUUUAUUAAGGGAUCACUUACAUGCACUCACCUCACAGGAUCCAGCUGUAUGCAGGGAUCACCUACAUGCCCUCACCCCCCAGGAUCCAGCUCUAUGCAGGGAUCACCUACAUGCCCUCACCCCACAGUUUCCAGCUCUAUGCAGGGAUCACCUACAUACCCUCACCCCACAGGAUCCAGCUCUAUAAAGGGAUCACUUACACGCCCUCACCCCACACGAUCCAGCUCUAUACAGGGACCACCUACAUGCCCUCACCCCACAGGAUCCAGCUCUAUGCAGGGAUCAAGUACAUGCCCUCACCCCACAGGAUCCAGCUCUAUGCAGGGAUCACCUACAUGCCCUCACCCCACAGGAUCCUGA